CAAGAAAGGGAGCACCUCUUCUCUAUAUAAGUAUCAUCUCUACCUGACUAUCGGCCUAACUCUAAUUCUCUCUUACUUGCAUUCCCUGAAAUUGUGGUUUCUCUCUUUGUCAAUUACUUGAAGAUGAGUAAGCAACCCGAAUCAUCAUCCGAAUCGAAGGGGACGAAAAGAGACUUUAGUACUGCCAUAUUGGAAAAGAAGAAGGCGCUGAAUCGGCUUAUGGUGGAUGAGGCUGUGAAUGAUGACAACUCGGUGGUUGCUCUCAAUCCUGAGACGAUGGAGAAGCUUCAGUUGUACCGCGGCGAUACGAUCUUAGUGAAGGGAAAGAAAAGAAAGGAUACUAUCUGCAUUGCCCUUGCUGAUGACACUUGUGAUGAAUCUAAGAUUAGGAUGAACAAGGUUGUCAGAAGCAAUUUGAGGGUCAGACUUGGAGAUGUGGUUUCUGUCCAUCAAUGUCCUGAUGUCAAAUACGGGAAGCGAGUACAUAUCCUUCCUAUUGAUGACACAAUUGAUGGGAUAACUGGAAAUUUGUUUGAUGCAUACCUCAAACCUUAUUUCCUUGAAGCAUAUCGUCCGGUAAGAAAAGGUGAUUUGUUUCUUGUAAGAGGUGGAAUGAGAAGUGUAGAGUUUAAGGUUAUUGAGACAGAUCCAGCUGAGCACUGUGUUGUUGCUCCCGAUACUGAGAUCUUCUGUGAAGGAGAACCUGUGAAGAGGGACGAUGAAAACAGGUUAGACGAGGUGGGUUACGAUGAUGUGGGUGGUGUCCGUAAACAGAUGGCUCAGAUUAGGGAAUUGGUGGAAUUGCCUUUGAGACAUCCUCAGCUCUUCAAAUCUAUUGGUGUUAAACCACCAAAAGGAAUAUUGCUUUAUGGGCCUCCUGGAUCUGGAAAAACAUUGAUAGCACGAGCUGUUGCCAAUGAAACUGGGGCUUUCUUCUUUUGCAUCAAUGGACCAGAGAUUAUGUCCAAGUUGGCUGGAGAGAGCGAAAGCAAUCUCAGGAAAGCUUUUGAGGAAGCAGAAAAGAAUGCACCAUCUAUUAUCUUCAUUGAUGAGAUUGACUCAAUUGCUCCCAAGCGAGAGAAGACAAAUGGGGAAGUUGAGAGGAGGAUUGUGUCACAGCUCUUAACGCUCAUGGAUGGACUUAAAUCCCGUGCUCAUGUUAUUGUAAUGGGUGCAACAAACCGUCCGAAUAGCAUCGAUCCUGCCUUGAGAAGAUUUGGAAGAUUUGAUAGGGAAAUUGAUAUUGGUGUUCCUGAUGAAGUUGGCCGUCUCGAGGUUCUUCGUAUUCACACCAAGAAUAUGAAACUUUCUGAAGAUGCUGACAUGGAGAGAAUUUCCAAAGACACUCACGGUUAUGUUGGUGCUGAUCUAGCAGCUCUGUGCACGGAGGCUGCCCUUCAGUGCAUCAGAGAGAAGAUGGAUGUGAUUGAUUUAGAAGAUGAUAACAUAGAUGCUGAGAUACUCAAUUCAAUGGCAGUUACAAAUGAGCACUUCCAGACGGCCCUAGGAACAAGCAAUCCUUCUGCUCUGCGUGAAACUGUUGUUGAGGUGCCCAAUGUCUCCUGGGCGGAUAUUGGUGGCCUUGAAAACGUUAAAAGGGAGCUUCAGGAGACUGUUCAAUAUCCAGUGGAGCAUCCUGAGAAAUUCGAAAAGUUUGGCAUGUCACCUUCAAAAGGAGUUCUUUUUUAUGGUCCACCCGGAUGUGGAAAAACACUACUGGCCAAGGCCAUUGCGAAUGAAUGUCAAGCAAACUUCAUCAGUGUCAAAGGUCCUGAAUUGCUAACCAUGUGGUUUGGGGAAAGUGAGGCUAAUGUAAGAGAAAUAUUUGACAAGGCUCGCCAAUCUGCCCCUUGUGUCCUCUUCUUUGAUGAACUAGACUCAAUUGCUACUCAGAGGGGAAGCAGUGUAGGAGAUGCUGGAGGGGCUGCUGAUAGAGUCUUGAAUCAACUUCUCACGGAAAUGGAUGGAAUGAAUGCGAAGAAAACUGUGUUCAUCAUUGGCGCCACAAACAGACCAGACAUAAUUGAUCCUGCUCUUCUAAGACCGGGUAGACUUGAUCAGCUUAUUUAUAUCCCUCUACCAGAUGAGGAUUCAAGGCAUCAGAUCUUCAAAGCCUGCAUGAGGAAGUCCCCUGUCUCCAAGGAAGUGGACCUAAGAGCCCUUGCAAAGUAUACCCAGGGCUUUAGUGGUGCUGAUAUAACGGAGAUAUGCCAACGUGCAUGCAAAUAUGCCAUCAGAGAGAAUAUAGAGAAAGAUAUUGAGAAGGAGAGGAGGAAGGAAAAUCCCCAGGCGAUGGAGGAGGAUGCAGAAGAUGAGGAAGUGACAGAGAUCAAGGCUGCUCAUUUCGAGGAAUCCAUGAAGUAUGCAAGGAGGAGUGUAAGCGACGCAGACAUUCGAAAGUACCAAGCGUUUGCCCAGACAUUGCAACAGUCUAGAGGCUUUGGUUCAGAUUUUCGUUUCUCUGAAAAUACCAGCACGCCAGCUACAACUGGAUCCGAACACCCUUUUGCUCCUUCCUCUGCUGCAGCUGCUACUGAUGAUGAUGAUCUCUACAGUUAGCUAGCUUUCUUUGUAUUAUCAAUUCAUCUUUCUCCUCUUGCUCAACACUGUUAUUAAUACUUGUUAGUAGUAGUUUGGGCAUCACCUCUCCAUUCAUGAUUGAAAUUAUAAUCUCUAAAACCUGAAAAAUUAACCCCAAUAACAUUGGAGUCCAUGGUUGCAGAAUUUUUUUCAGUUCUACCAAUUUUUUCUUGAUUGCU